AACAACAAAAACCUAAACCUAACCUUCUAUUCUCUGUUUCGCAUCGCCACCAACACGCUCUUCUCUCUGUUACGCGCGAGUGUUCUUCUCUGUUUGAGGUUUCCUCAUUUUUCAAAUCUUGAAGAUGGAUCUUGAAGGCAAAAACUUUGGGAGGGGCACUAGAGAACUCGGUGGUGCUCAUGAUCUCGUAAGUCAAUAUAAGCUUUGGCCGUACUAUGAAUUCUUCUGCAAGAGGUCACUUCCAUUGUCGAUUUCAGAGACACAUUAUCUUCGCAAUGUGGUUGGUGACACAAAAAUCAAGAAGGGAGAAGGGGUGGAACUGGAUCAGCUGUGUAAGAACACCAAAAUGAAUGAGAAAAAACCUUGCUUAUCUCCUUUUGACUUGAAUGUAUUAAGUGAAGCUUUCCGUCUAAGAGAAAUGGAUCCAAAUCACCUUUCUUGUGCCAAGAAGGGGCUACUGAAUGCAGUUCCAAACUCGGCAAACCAAUCUAGAGAGAAUGAAAAGAAGAACAAAAAGCAUGGAAAACACGAGAAGCACAAGCUACUACGAAUUAAAAAUGGAAGUUGUGUUGAUAAUAACACAACUAGACACAGUAAUUCUCAGCCUUCGCCGUUGACGAAUCAACAAGACAAGAAAAGGAGGGCUGAGACAAGCUACAAUCCUUCUGUUUGCAAGCGAUCAAAUACUAGACAAUGAUGCAGAAUUAGAUAGAAUUUAGUUCUUUUUUGUUUUGUUUUUGGAAUGUAUGAUCAGUUAAUAACCUCAACAAUAAACUCUAUUUUUUGUACAGUUAACAUUUGUGAUUCUUUAAAAAAGAACAUAGAAUGGUGAAUUUCUUAUAUUACAUA